AUGUGUCACGGACAUCCUAGAUAUCACUCGUGUGCGCAUACAUCCCUCGUCUGGUAUUACUGCCCUUCGGCACACAUAGACCUAGAGACUGGCUUCGAAACACCUUGCCGCAAUGUCUCGUUUGCACCAGCCCAGUCAAGUCCGCUGUCAUGUCCUCUCAAGAACUGUCAGUUUGUAGACAAGGGCGGCAGCUGGAUAUGCUGCAAGUGCGGUCAGGGGCCCAACACCCAGGGCUGGUGCUCUACUCCCAUGGCCAACAUCCAAGAUGAUUUGGACUCGUUGCAGCUGGAAGACGACCAAAGAACCUGUGACCACGGAUGUUGUGACGACUGCAAGCGAUUCGGUAUGGACCACACUUACACUUAUCCCCUCUGA